AGCAGCCUCUGUCUAGGGAAGAGGUCUGAGUACCCCGACCCAGCACAAGCCAGAAUGGAGCUGGGCUGCCUGCCCCUUCCUGGCACAAGCCAGGACUGAGCCGGGCUGCUGGCCAACCUGCUAAACAAUUUCCUAGCGAGGGGGGAGGGAAUGCAUGAAGGGGCGGGUCUGGAGACUGGAAGGGCGGGAUGGAACCCGGAAUCCUGAGGGGGGCUGGGGUACUGGUGAGGAUCCUUCCCCGGGAAGGGGAUAAGCUCCCGAAGAUGAGCAGAGAAGCAUUCAGGGCAGGAUUCCAAACAGCGGGAAAGGCCUCCACAGAGGGGGAGCUUGGAGGGACAGGAGGCAGAGACCCCAGUGCUCACACACUUGUGAGUUGUGCAGGCAGCAAGAGCUUGGGCACGGAGUGAGCUGUUUUGCUCUGGUGAGGUCUGAACAUGGCAAUGACAGGCGCCUGUGUGUCCUGUUCACUUCAGGCGGCCGCCCUGUGAAGUGGUUUCAAACAGCUGCACAAACAAGCUAUGCAAUCAGCCCGUGCCGAGUUCUGUGCUGGUGCUGGGUGCCAGGCAGCUGAACCAAGCUGUGUGUCCCUUUGCUGCCCUGCAGUCCUGUUUCUGCAAUUUUAGGGUGUCGUUCUGCUGCCAGUCCUCUGCCAUUUCUGUGACAUGCACACCAGGGCAAAUAUUUGUGCAAUGGCAGUUGAGAUGUUGCAGGCUCCGUGGGGGGUGCCGGCCUUAGACCUCAGAGCUUUUCGUUGCUCAGAAGGGUGGUGCAGUUGUGAGCAAGAGAGAUCUUGGCAGUCGGGGCUAGGCUGUGGUAUCCAUUACUGAGCCUGACCAGCCAAAGUGCCUCUGAUGAUGCAGCAUCCUUGUGGGUGUUUGCAGCGUGUGUGCUAAUGGGCGGGCGCUAGCUGCUUGAACAGACGUCGCCGAUGACUGUACACCUGAAUGUAGCGUCUUAUCAGAAAUUGGGGGACCUAGCACAUCUAAGGAGGCUGCCUGGAGACUGGCACUCGCAUGGUCGGCACACAUCCACUUCAGAGCACCCACUGUGCCAAUUGUGUGUCCGUUCUCCUGGGGGAGGGGUGGGAAAAGCAGAGCUGCUUGAUGGGAAAAAUAUGGCCCCUGUAAAAGGUUUGUUUGGAUUUUGUGUGGUUUGUGGGUUAGGGGGAGUGGCUGGGAGUGUUCUGGGGGUUAAAUGCACUUGGGGUCCCCUCUAGGGGUUGUCGAUGCAGCCAGGAAAUUGGAUCUUGACUGUGAUGUGAUAUCGCCGCUGGAGAUGGAGAUGGUGGGAGAGCAGUUGCUCUUGGCUGUUUAAGCCUUCAAAUAGGACAGAGGGCGCGAGUGACUGGAAACACAGGGGGGAAGUGUCUGAGUUGCAAAGAGCUGGGUGUAAUCCCUGUCACAGGAAACUGGGGUCUAGCACUUACAGCGGGAAGGUGCUGCGAAUCGGGAUUCCUGGGUUCCAUCGCCCAGCUCGGGGAGGGGAAGGGAGCCUAGUGCUUAGAGCAGGAAGUGGCUGAGAAUUGGGUUCUGUUCCCAGCUCUGUCACUUUGUGACACUGAGAACAAUGACUUCCCUUCUGUGACUUUGGCAGGCAGGUACUGACCCUGGAAGAAGUGUGCAGUCGGGUGUUGCAGGAUGGAGGGAUGAGGGGUCCUGAAUGGUUCUCUAUUUCAGUUGCUUCCCUUGGGAAUCCUACUCCAAUUGGGAGCAACAGCGACCUUCCCUGUUCACCAUGGGGACCUGCUGCUGCCGGCACCUUGCGCUGCGCUCCCCAUGCAGCGCGCUGGAUCCUGUCGGGUUCGGGGUCGCCGUUGCGCUCUAGAUCCAGUCCUGCAAAGCAUGUAGGGUUACGGGGGGGAUGUAACUGCCAUUUCCUCUUUCAAAGCCAGCGCCUUCUCACCCCUCCUGGUGUUGUUGAAUUCCAGUCCCUCGAUCUGAACAAGCCCAUCGACAAGCGCAUCUACAAAGGCACGCAGCCCACCUGCCACGACUUCAACCAGUUCACGGCCGCCUCCGACAGCAUCUCGCUGCUGGUGGGCUUCUCCGCCGGCCAGGUCCAGUACCUGGAUCUCAUCAAGAAGGACACCAGCAAGUUGUUCAACGAGGAGCGGCUCAUCGACAAGACCAAGGUGACCUACCUGAAGUGGAUCCCGGAGACGGAGAGCCUCUUCCUGGCCUCCCACGCCAGCGGGCACCUCUACCUGUACAACGUGGAGCACCCGUGCGGCUCUGCCUCGCCCCAGUACACCCUCCUCAAGCAGGGCGAGGGUUUCGCCGUCUACGCCUGCAAGAGCAAAACCGCCCGCAACCCGCUGGUGAAGUGGGCGGUGGGCGACGGGGCCCUCAACGAGUUCGCCUUCUCUCCCGACGGCCGCUACCUGGCCUGCGUCAGCCAGGACGGCUGCCUCCGCGUCUUCCACUUCGACUCCAUGCUGCUGCAGGGCAUGAUGAAGAGCUAUUUCGGGGGGCUGCUGUGCGUCUGCUGGAGCCCUGACGGGCGCUACGUCGUCACCGGCGGCGAGGACGACCUGGUGACCGUCUGGUCCUUCGCCGAGGGCCGGGUCAUCGCCAGGGGCCACGGGCACAAGUCCUGGGUCAACGCGGUGGCCUUCGAUCCCUACACCAGCAGCGUGGAGGAGGAGGAGCCGCCGGAGCUGAGCGGCAGCGACGAGGAGCCCCAAGAGCCGGCCCACUUUGGCCGGGUGCGGACUAGCAGCACCCUGUCCCGCCUCUCCAAGCACAGCACCAAGAGCUCCCCCUCAGUGACCUACCGCUUCGGCUCGGCCGGCCAGGACACCCAGUUCUGCCUGUGGGACCUGACGGAGGACGUGCUGUACCCCCCCCCUCCGCUCUCCCGGGCCCGGACGCUCACCAACACCUUCAGCACCGGCAUCGCCUCCUCGGUGAGUGGCGGGAGCAACCUGGCUGGGGAGCCGGGGGGCAGCAGGGGGGGGUCCCUCCUGCCUCGCUCGCUCUCGCGCUCCAACAGCCUACCCCACCCGGCCGUCACCGGCGCCGCCAAGAGCCACGUGGCGGACAGCGCCGUGCCCUUCAGCAUCGGCAAGUUCGCCACGCUCACCCUGCAGGAGCGCAAGGACAAGAGCGCCGAGAAGGAGCACAAGCGUUACCACAGCCUGGGCAACAUCAGCAAGAGCAACGACAAGAUCAACGCGGCGCCCCGCAGCAAGCUGGACACGGCCAAGGUCCUGGGCACGGCCCUUUGCCCCCGCAUCCACGAGGUGCCCCUGCUGGAGCCCCUGGUCUGCAAGAAGAUCGCCCACGAGCGGCUGACUGUGCUGCUCUUCCUGGAGGACUGCAUCCUCACCGCCUGCCAGGAGGGGCUCAUCUGCACCUGGGCCAGGCCCGGGAAAGCCAACCUCACCUCCCAGAACGGCAGCUCGCCCAGCGGCACCGUGGUAUAGCCCGGGGAACGCCCCGGGGACAGGUGUCCUCAGCUCGCGUAGGAUCCGGGGGAGGGGGCACUGCCCCCUCCCUGGGCCCAGGCCCCUCGUUAUUUAACGCUAAUUGGCGCUGCGUGGACAGACCCUUCCCGGGGCAGAGAGCCGCUAAGAGAGGUUUAGUAUCUAGCUACCUGUCUACAGAGCACAGGCCUCUGGGCCCCUCCCUUCACGCAUUAAUGGCCCCCGGUUAGAGCUUCGCCGAACAUCCGUGCUGGAGCGAUGGGAGCAGAGACGGUUUCCUAGUCCCUCACUUUGCACAACAGCCUGG